AUGGCAGUCAACAGACCACCUAGCAAUGAUGCGAAGAGCAGUAACCCCGACUCUGACGCUGCACUCCUCGCGGAUAUGGGCUACGUCCAAGAUAUGAAGCGCAACUUCUCCGUCUGGUCUGUCCUCGGCGUCGGUUUCUCCCUGACAAAUUCCUGGUUCGGAAUUUCAACCGCUUUGGUAACAGGCAUCAACUCAGGCGGGCCAGUUCUCAUCAUCUACGGCAUCAUCUUAAUAACGCUUAUAUCUGCCAGUGUUGGAAUCUCCCUCGCAGAACUGGCGAGCGCGAUGCCGAAUGCAGGAGGGCAAUAUUUCUGGGCAUAUGAACUUGCUCCUCCGAAAUUUGCGAAGUUCGCAAGUUAUCUGACUGGAUGGUUUGCAUGGGCUGGGAGUAUCUUUACUUCCGCCAGUGUGGCGUUGGGACUAGGAAGUGCAGUAAUGGGCUGCGUGAAGCUGUUUCGUCCCGAAAUGACAAUCCAACGCUGGCACAUCCUCCUCGCCUACCUCGCCAUCAACACCCUCUCCUUCCUCUUCAACACCCACGGCCGCCUGCUCCCCACCAUCGCCACCCUAACCCUCUACAUCAGCCUCCUCUCAUUCCUCACAAUCCUCAUCACCAUCCCCUCCGUCGCACCCACCCACCAACCGCCCUCUUUCGUCUUCGCAACCUUCACAAACAACACCGGCUGGUCCUCCCCCUCUAUUGCAUUCAUUGUUGGCCUCAUAAACACAAACUGGGCCUUUGCAUGUCUAGACUGCGCCACGCACCUCGCGGAAGAAGUCGCCAAUCCCUCACGCAUGAUCCCGAUCGCGAUCCUCGGCACCGUCGCCAUUGGCUGUGUAACCUCUUGGACAUAUAGUGUAGCAAUGUUCUUCAGUAUCCAGGACUUGCAAGCGUUGCUCGAUACUAAGACCGGAGUCCCGAUUCUUGAGCUGUUUUAUCAGGCGGUAAGGAGUAGAGGCGCGGCUGUUGCUUUGGAGGGAUUGAUUCUGGUGACGGGGAUGGGCUGUUUAGUUGCUUCUCAUACGUGGCAGUCGAGACUUUGCUGGUCUUUUGCGAGGGAUAAUGGCCUCCCGUUUUCCGGAUUCCUCUCUCAGGUAGACGAUAAACUGGGUGUCCCGUUUAACGCCCAUCUCGUAUCUUGUCUCAUCGUCUCUGUGCUGGGGUUUCUAUAUCUGGGGAGCGUGACGGCGUUUAAUAGUAUGGCUGCUGCGUGUAUUGUGCUGCUUUAUGUCUCUUAUUCCAUUCCCAUUUUUUGCUUGUUGGUUAAAGGGAGGGAGAAUGUUAGGCAUGGACCGUUUUGGUUGGGUUGGGUUGGUAAGGUGGCGAAUUGGGUGUUGCUGGGUUGGACGGUGUUUACGUUUGUUAUGUACAGCUUUCCUCCUGUUAUGCCGGUGAAGCUGGGAAAUAUGAACUAUGUUUGUGUUGUGUAUGGUGUAGUUUUUGCUGGGGUUGUGGGGUGGUGGCAUAUUGAGGGGAAAAGGAGUUUUAAGGAGAGAGGGGGGCUUGUGGAGGUCGUGCAGGAUGAGGUCGUUAGAUGAUAUUUUAAGCAGCUUGGAUACC